AUGGAGCCAGGUCCCGAUCAGCUACCCACGCCCUCAUCUUUGAAUCGGGAUACUGUGAAGCCGGAGCCGGAAAGUAUGAUGUCUACACCCCCAUCAGCACUUGACCGACAAUCUGGGGUCUCACGCCUAUCACGCUUUGUGGAAGGCGUCGAAAUCGUCGAUGCAGACUUGGAUUGCCUGCGAAGUAAAGGCUCUAGAAUCACUGGAACGGUCAUGAAUGCUUAUGCCAGUCUUGUACCUGAUAAGGAGAACAGUUUGACUCAAGCGGGAUGCAUUAUUCUGAGCUCAUUUGUCCCUAACUUGAUUCGUGGCGAAACCUCGUGUAACACUACACUAGAAAAAAUUGUCUCUGUGAGGUCCAAAAGCAAGAUUCUCGCCUCUAGGCGUUGGGCUAUUCCACUGUGCGGAGGGUCUCCCCCCCAUUGGGUCUUGGGUUGGGUCGACUGGUCAGCUCAUGAAAUAGGGUUCUUUGAUAGUCUGGGCACCAAUCCCGAAUGGGCGGACCAGCCCAUAGCCCGCUCAUGUGAUGGUUUCCCAGUAUUUGUGUCAAGCUGCAGCGGGCUUGGAGCACUGGCUUAA